AUGCUGAUUUUCCACACGAAUCCUCGGUACAUCCUGUUCAUCCACAUGGUGGUCAACGACAUGAUCCAGGUGACCCUCUCUAUCAGCUUGUUUAUCAUCAGCUACAGCGUCUACAAAAUCAGUGUUUCAGUUUGCUGUAUCCUUGUCCUUAUUACUCUCUUCACUACUGAAAACACCCCCCUGAACCUGGCCUGCAUGGCUUUGGAGUGCUAUGUCGCCAUCUGCAUGCCACUGCGCCAUGCCCAGAUCUGCACUGUUAAAAGGACAUUGAUGUUGCUGGGAUUAAUCUGGGCAACCACCAUGCUUUCAGUCCUCCCAGACCUGUUCAUCACCUUGGCCAUAGAACCACUGGAUUUCUUUAACACCCAAGUAUUUUGUAUCAGACAAACCAGUUUCCGAAGUGCUGUUCUUCUUAAAAAGAGAGACGUCACAUAUUCAUUAUUUCUAGUUUUAGUUUGGUUUACUAUCUUUUUCUCGUACUUCAAGAUCCUGUUCACAGCAAAAACAGCAAACAAGGAUGCAACAAAAGCCAGAAACACAGUCCUCUUGCAUGGGUUUCAGGUGGUGCUUUGUAUGACUACAUAUGCAGCUCCUCUCCUCCUAAGUUUGCUGCAACGGUUGUUUGUUCUAAACUAUAACGACUCUCUUUUUGCAUUUUACAUCAUAGUGCAGGUACUGCCACGAUCCAUUAGUCCAAUCAUAUACGGUGUGCGAGAUAACACUUACAGGGGGUACCUAAAAAGAUAUUUGCUGUGUAAAUUCAGAGUCAGAAAACAUCCAGAUCCUUGAUUUUUUUCAGUAAAAAAUAAUCCCUGAUGUCCGUUGCUCAAUAACACAAAGUGUCUGUACUCGUCAAUUAACAAACACUUAAUUU